CCUAAACAACUUGUUCAACUUUCAUCUCUGAGCAUUAUGUUAAACCUUUCUCAAAACAACUUGUUUGGGUCACUUCCCGCGGAGGUUGGCGACCUCAAGAUGUUGACUUCUUUGGAUUUAUCUCAGAAUAACUUAUCAGGCCAAAUUCCUGGAUUCUUGGAACGGCUGGUCUUACUAGAAUAUGUAAACCUAUCCUUUAAUGAUUUGGAGGGUGAAGUACCCGGUGCUAGGAGUGUUUGCCAAUGCAAGUGCAUUCACUGUUUUGGGGAAUAGCAGGCUUUGUGGUGGCUUGCCUGAACUUGGGUUGCCCAAAUGCAAGGGGACACAUGAUAAACAUAAGAAAAAGUUUCCUUUGUUCAUAAUUUUCAUUCUUAUUGCAUCCACCCUUUUCAGCAUUUUAAGUUUUGCAUAUGUUUGGUGUAAGAAAAAGAAGAGUCAACCAUCUCAAUUGUCAAGGAACGAACAGUUCAUGAAAGUAUCAUAUGCUCAACUUGUAAAGGCUACCAAUGGCUUCUCCCAAGCCAAUUUGAUUGGCGAAGGUGGGUUCAGCUCUGUUUACAAAGGAAUCCUUGAUGAUCAUGAUGAUAGAUGUGUUGUCAAAGUUAUACAUCUUCAAAACCGAGGUGCUCACAGAAGCUUUACAGCGGAGUGUGAAGUGUGGCGGAGUAUUCGACACCGGAAUCUGUUGAAGAUAAUAACUUCAUGUUCAAGUCUUGACUUUCAAGGCAAUGAUUUCAAAGCUUUGGUAUAUGAGUUCAUGCCCAAUGGGAGUUUACAUGACUGGUUGCAUUCAAAUGUAACUACAACUAAACUGAACCUUCUUCAAAGAAUAAAUAUUCUCAUCAAUGUUGCAUCUGCCCUUGAUUAUCUUCACAAUCACUGUCUACCAGCCAUCAUUCACUGUGACCUGAAGCCAAGCAACAUUCUGUUGGAUGAUGAUAUGGUGGCCCAUGUUGGAGACUUUGGUUUAGCUCGAUUUCUUGGAACAAAUUCAAACAAAAACAGUACAAGUGGCAUUAGAGGAACAAUUGGAUAUGCACCUCCAGAGUAUGGUGUUGGGAGCAAGAUGACAAGUAGUGGAGAUGUCUACAGUUUCGGAAUAUUAUUGUUGGAGGUGAUGACAGGGAAGAGGCCAACAGACAACAUCUUUAUUGAAGGCCUUAGCCUUCAUAGAUUUGCAGACAUGGCCUUGCCAGACCAUGUAAUCGAUGUUAUUGAUGAUGACCUUCUGAAUUUACAUCAAGAGGAUGCUAUUCCUAUGAUAGCAGAUGUAAAGAAAAUAGAGGAAUGCAUGGCUUCAACUGUCAAACUUGGAGUAUCAUGCUCUGUGGAUUCCCCAGCACAACGGUUGAAUAUCGUAAAUGUUGUCCAUGAGUUGCAGCAUAUUCUGGAUACACUUCAAAAUAGUUGAGGUGUCUUGUUAGUAGAUAUUUUGGGUGUUAAUUGUUAAAUAUGGAUGUAUCUGAGUAUGUGAUAAAUCUUGUAUAAUAAAAUGUGAAAUAAAUGGAAUGAAGGUAUUACUUUGAAAAUAUGGUGGCCUUUUGAGGAUAAGAAUGCAUAACCUACAAAAUCCUUGAUUUGAAGAUUAUCAGUGCCAAUGAAGCUUGUUUUUCCUGCAACCAAGUUAUAUAAAAGCAGGGAUCGAUCCAUAAAAGCAGGGAUCGAUCCAACUGUGUGUAAAUAAAUCAUAAUGCAAAAUGAAAACUGAAACCCUUAUUGCAUAACAGCUUACCAUUUUUACUUGGAAACUCAAAAGCCACCAACAGAUGGCAUUGCAGUAGAGCAGUCAGGAUAAGCCAUGGGCAUAUGUUGUAAAAAUGAAGGGAUCAUGUUUCCUCCAUCACCUGUGUUCAUGGACAAAUUAUCAACUUUAUCUUUCAAUUUAACUUCAAUUGGUCCAUCUUUCUUGGUUUUGACACCAUUAGGUGUGGAAGAUUUCCUUCAAAAUAUUGAAAUAAUAGAGUCUUCGGUGCUUAUAUUAGAUUUCAGCAAGGGCAAAACAGUGAGUAACCUUUCAAUCUCCACAUCACCAAUUUUCCUGAUUGCAGAACUCUGGCGUUCAACUGAAUAAAAGCACAAACCAAUAUUUGAUCAUUUUCCUCAAAUUAUUGAAGUAAUGUUUAACUUUCUUCUUAAGAGUGAGCAGGUUUCUAUUCACGUAGAACACAGUUUAAUUAUGGUUUGGAGAUCAUAACCACCACAAGCUCUAUGUUUCUUUAGAACAAAAGAUCACUGACAAAAAAAAUGCUGGUACUCUUAACAAAGAAUAGACCAUGAUUACAAGAAUCCAGACCAAAAGUUGAAGUUAACAACAAAAAUGGCAUGAUACAAAAUGACAUGAAUAAUGGUAAUGUAGUAGCUAAAACAAAGAUGGCUAACAUGGUGUCCUUAAAAUACUACAAGCUACUGUCUUCAUUGAUUCUAAUAGGAAUUAAAAUAACUACAUAUCAAAUUCAAAGGUUGGAGGUUUCAAAUUUUGACUGCAGAAAGUCAAAAUAUGAUAUCUAAUUAUGGAAAAUCCUCAGGUUCUUGCUAAUUAAAGUUUCUACGACGAUGAGUAAUCCAACAAAAUGAUACUGUUGACAAUCUAAUCUAAGCAUUCCAGAAUCGGUUAUACUAAACACAGCAACUUCAAAAUCGAAGACGUAAACAUUACAAAUUUCCAUAAACGAGGAAUUUCCUUGACAGAAAUUGGAUUGGACUACCAAAUUAUUACCAAUUACGUAUGCUUUUUAUGUCCUUGUACGUUUUCAAAGCACAAAACUACAUCGGUACUAAAAGAAAUAUAACAUACCUUAUUGGUAAAUAGAUGCGUUUCCUUCAGAAAGCCCAUUUGCAUCAACCUUAGGCCGAGUAUUAACCACGUCUGAACGCUAGAUGAAUAUAUGCCUUUUCCCCUUCGGCUUGGGGGACAUCAUAUAAGCGGAGAAAUUGAUCACAAUACGGCUCGAUUAAAUUCCAACACCACAAGUAGAACUUGGUGCCCCUGCUAGAAAUCGAACCGCAGUAACAUAGAGUGCAUCACGUUGCCAUUGGA